AUGGUCUCUCUGCAAAGGAACAGUCAGGAAGAGGGCAUCUGCUCCAUCUGCCAGGAGAGCCUGACAGAGGCAGUGAGCACUGACUAUGGACACAUUUUCUGCCAAGUGUGCCUGGCCCAGUAUGUGGAGAAGGUCUCAGCUUUUGGACUUUUCUGCUGUCCCCUCUGCCAGAAGCUGGUUCUAGGGACAGGCAAUAUCUGCCACAGCCACCAAAAAAAGUUGUGCAGGUUCUGUGAGGAGAGCUGACUUCUUCUGUGUAUGGAAUAACUAGUGCCUCCUGAACACAAGUCUCAUUGUGAGCUGGCCAUUGAAGAUGCCAUCAGUCACUACAAGGUAAGGCUAAGUCACCACCUCCCUGAGUUACUCCUUUCUACCCACUGCCCAUUAUGCCUGAAGUCUAGGAAGCUCAGAAAGGACUUACCUAAGAAAAAGAAGGUGGAUAGUGAGCCCCACCAGUUAGAGGCACAGCUGGGGAGCCAGUGCCAAUUUCAGAGACAACUGGAUGCCCUACCCCAACAGCAGCCAGAGCAUCUGGAGCCCAUGCCAGCAGAUGUGUGCAGGACAAUCACACAGCUCAGCAGCCCAAUGGCUGAUCUGGAGAGGAUGGCCAAAGAUGUGCAUGCCAGCAUGCUGAAGGCGCACCCCAAGGCCCUACCCAAGGAUGUGGUUUUCCACAAGGGAUGGAGUGCUCCACAAAAAUUAGAAGCUAUUUAUCCCAAGUUACACAGAAGAGUCAACAAAUCACUUCUUGAGCCAUCCUUAGCAACUCUGACCUGUUUAUCCUCAGGCCUUCUCAUUGUUGGGGACCUCUCUGCCUGGUGCCUGGCAGCCCUUCUGUCCUCUUCUGAUGUGACUAAAGUUGAAUGGGCUCCUGUGGAUAUCUGA